AUGUGGGGAGGCUACUGGGCACCAUUCCAGAGCAGGUACGGCGGGUAUGGGGGUUAUGGAUCGAUGAUGAGUCCCUACUUUGCCGGGGGGUUGGGUACGCCUUUCGGGAUGAACGCUCUCGGUUAUGGAAUGGGUGCUGCUAUAAAUCCUGCCGUGUACGGCAUAAGCUCCAUGGGCAUCGGCAACCCGUACGCCUAUACGGGGAUGUAUGGCCUGCCUUAUUGA